CACAAGAAAAGAUGGAUAAACUGCCGACAGCGCGAAUUAACCGCUCCAACAGCGAUCAUGCUGCCCUGGUAAACCGUUCCGUUGCCCGUGGUUGCCUUUCCGAGAAGCUCCCGAAAGUUAGGACGACACAAUCCACGACCAAUAUUUCGAAAUCGCAAAACGUCUUGCCGAAGACGUUCAGCAAAUUCACCGUUAGGAAACCCAACAGACCUGCUCUGAAGCCCUUCUGUCGGGAAGAAGCCAAAUCAAAAGAUACAAUCAAGGUACCGAAACCUGUGAGAAAAUUCCCAAUGGAGAAAUCACUUACCAUGAUCGAGAUGAGCUCGCCAGCCAAGCAGCAACAGCAUGACCAACCUACUGGGGGACUGUCCUUUUCGACUACUGCUUUGGCCGAUGAGGGAACUACCCGGAUGGUCAGCAACACUAGCAAGCUGAUCUACGAGACGGGAUUCAAGCUGCUGCUUAAAUGCUGGAGGGAUAAUAAAAGGCAGAUUGAUCGGAUGAAUGCACAGCUCAGUCAAAAGGAUAAUACGUCGAUCAAGUACCUCAAUCAACUGCAUACCAUUCAGUCACUGUAUCAAAACGAAUGCCGAAACCACGAAUCGGCACGAACCGAUAUCAAAGCGCUGAAGCAAAUACUGGAAGGCCUUAAAACGAAUCUUCUGCAGGAGAAGAAGGCUCAUCUAGACAAGGUUUCCGAGCUGGAGGGCUUCGUUCUAAUGAGAGACAAGCUGCAGUCGCAGCUGACUCACGCCGAGGAGGAACUGGCCAUAGCAAUCAUCAACUGGCACAGCUUCGAGUUCAAGUUCAAGCAGCAGGAAGAAAGCUGUCUCCAGUUGACGUCAGAGAAGAGGGAACUACUGAAGCAGGUAUGUUGGCUACGUUCGAAGGGCUAG